AUGGCAACCAGUCGAACGAGCCCUCUUCGCCCGUCGAUACGGCUCUCUCCCGUCCAUUCGCGAGAAAACUCCCGUUCGGCGUCCCCUGAGCGAAAUCCGGCCUCGUUAUACCAGAAAAUUGACCCCCUCCUCAGCAACCUAUCCCCAGAAUCCACUUUACACGCCCUAACAUCCACCGACGCCGUCCCUUCAAACGACAAUUUCUCUCACAAUGUCCUCUCGCAGAGUAUAUCUCAAGUCUCACCAGCCGAACGCGCCCUUGGAAUUCGUGCCGCCAUAGCCGCCCAGAACUUGGAUAUUUGGUAUAAGGAGGUACAAUCGUGGAUAUGGCCGAAACAUCGCGAAGCGAAGCUUGAAAGGGGAUUUCUGCCCCCGGCUGAAACUCCCUCACAGGCCAAUUCUGUCAUAUCGAGCUCUCUCUUGCUCCCGACAGCUAGUGGUAGUUGUGCUAGUGCUGAUGUGGAAUAUUAUGGCAGCUUGCCGGCAGCUGUGGUUGAAGAGUAUGAGAAAAGGAUUGACGAGAUCCGCGAUGGAAUGGAGAAUUUAGACGUGGAUGAGCUCAAGGAACACGUUCUCAAUGCCCACAUUCCAUCACGGUCUCGCCCUUCCUCCUCGACCAGCACAGUGUCCGUGCCCCCGCCGCUCAGCUAUGUACAACUCAGCGAUUUCACAGCCGUCGUCACUGCUACAAUCCUGCGCGCCUUACCACUCUUAUCACGACUAAAUAGUCUUCUGACUACCUGGGACGUUCGUCUCCUUGUCCUACGUCAAGUACCGGGCCUGCUAAGGGAGUUGAAAGCGACGCGAGCAUCCCUUGAUUCCUCCUUCCAUUCAUUACGGAUAUCGAACCCGAACGAGAACACCGACUCAAGACUCUCCGACUCACAUCUGCGCACCGAACAUGUUGACCUUGAAUCCACCGUGGUUGCAGUGGGUCGAAGAAUGGAUCGCGCCCUCGAUGCGUUGGAGGGCCGCCAGGAUUCCCUACCUGAGAGCUGGAUUGAUGACUUGGAGAGCAUCGAGUCGGACUUUGCUGCUUGGGUAGUCGAGGCCGAGAGAUAUAGGCUUCGCACGAAUUGGUUGCGUAUGAAGGUCCAACCGAAAGAGCCUGAGCCACUUGCAAGCCCUGAAGUUCUACAUGAAGUUCUACAUGAAGCUUCUUCACAGCCGCAGAUUGAAAGCUUGCCGGAGCAAGCAACAACAGCUAUCGAACCGGAGGCGCCAUCAGGACUGGAAUCUCCGAGAAAGACGAUUGAGGCACAUGGAGAGAAUGAUCCGACUCCCUCCCCCAUUGGGAAUCAACAUCCCGAAGAAGAGACCGAGACUUCCAUCACCUCGUCAAUUGAGAAGGAUCAAGCAUUGCAAGCAUCCUCUGAUACAAUUGAAUCCUCACUCGACCCUUGCUCUGAGACUGCGGACACUGUCUUGGCAAAUGCCCCAAAGGACCAGUCGCCAGUCCGUGGGAACUUGAUUGUCACCGAGGAUUUACAAUCUCCCACGCGACCCGCCUUCUCACGCAAUGAUGCGGUUGACAACUCGAAGCAGCCAUCCCCGUCUCGGGUGCCAUUACCAGUGACGCCUCACUCCGAGGACAAGGAAAAUAUCCCUCCUCCGGACUAUAUUCAAGAACGGCCUGUGUCGUCGUCUGGAUCAAAGCCCGCUGCUCUAUCAGAGCACAAUAUCACGGACGAUGAUGACCCGUUCGUUCAGAAGCCCGUCCCCUCAGGUGAAACCGAAACGAUCAAGACACCUAGUCUCUUUACAGCGGAGGUUGUACCGGAGCCAGAAGUCAUAAAAACCCCGCCCAGUACCAGGCCGAUGGCAGAUAGCGUCUGCUCUAUUCGUGAUGACGCUCAUGAAGAGUCCCCAGUGAUCGAACAUCAGUCUGAGCCGCCAAGGGAGAUAGUCAAGCAGAUUACGACAGCUUCAAACCCUUCUGAUACAAUUUGGGUAACCCCCAGGAAUCCCAAACCCGAGACACACCAGAUUGCUCCUGAAGAAGCGGAAUUGCCAAAAAUUGAUGUUUUCCCGGCAAAGGCUCCGAAUUACACACAAGACCCGUGUGAUCCUUUCCAGGAAUUCAUUCGGGAGACUACACAAAAAUCGGAGCCUGUGCGGCCUGCGACAUCCGAGUCAAGGCCUACUACUGCUGUGGCCCUUUCAAGGGAGGAAAAGCCGCCACAGGAACCCGUCUCCACCAGAAAACCGCUACAGAGUCCGAUCAAACUAUCAAAACCUCGGCCUGGAAAACUGAAUCUCGGCGAACAUGCUCAAAGACCGCGUCGGCACCAGCGGCGGUCAUCCACGGGCUCUGUGGGCUCUUUACUCUCCGACAACUCCUCUCUCAUUUCAAGCCCCGACGCCCCCGAGCCCCAAACGGGCUCCUCGCAUGACGGCCCCCUCAUCACUCCUUCUCGGCAGGAAUUCCCUCAAUCAGACUCAAUUCGCUCGCACGGUGAUCAUCUGUUGAGAGCCGACCGACUACUGCAACUCGAGAAUGAGAAGUCACCGCCAGCAGCGUUCCCCCAGAACCGCGCCGUGAGCCUGCCUCUUGAGCGCUUCAUCAACGAUGAGUUCGAUUUGGAUAUACGCGAACAGCCUGAACUAGGCGCUACUGAGUUUGCUUCUUCUUUCAAAGGGCAUGAGGUCGCUAAACCACCACACGCCAUCGUAGGUCACAAAACGCCUGCUCCACGAGUACCACCUCGUGGGUCUAGUCAACGCCCAAGACUUAUUCGUGGUAAAUCUGCAUCGGACCUCAAGGAAAGCGAAAACUUUAAGAAGAACGUCGAGCACAACAGGAAGGCAUUUGGCAUGAAUACCGCUCAUCGGGCCCUUCUUCAUCAGGAGCAACCAAAGUCAGUCCGUUUGCGCCAACGGCUCACGGCUCAUCCAAGCCUGGAGAGCCUCGGUGUCAGGAGACAGGAACUGCCAUAUGUGGAGGAAGAUGAAUCGGAGCUGGUCGACGAAGGCUCACGUCCAUCAUCUCCACAUAGGCGGAGGCCUCGCGACCACAUUGACGAAAAGAUAAAUUCUAUCCUGAGCACUCUUCCUGGUCGGAUUCACCUGGUCGAUCCAAACAAUGAAGGCGAUACUUCGUCUUCAUCGUCUUCCAUGGACCGCAAGAUGCGAGAUAGAGGCCAGUCCGAGUCGCCACAGGUACCCUCUCGCAGUAUUACCCCGGCUCCUUCAUUGAUGCUCAUGCCUGCCGCACGGAGACGAUUGUCCCACGCUCACAAGGCUGAAGACAGCUACGUGAAACUAUAUCAUCUGCAUCAUGGAGGUCAGACAGCGCCUACCAAGCUCUUUGUCCGUACUGUCGGAGAAGACGGGCAGCGCGUCAUGGUCCGUGUUGGUGGUGGCUGGGCCGAUCUUGGCGAAUACUUACGCGAAUAUGUCAUUCAUCACGGACGUCGCAAGGUUUCAGAAACGCCGCGCGUCGAGGUACAGGGUCUUGGAACUCGAACCUCGCCAGGCUAUCCCUCUCCCGCUGCCAUGUUGACAUCGGCAGCAGCUUCUCCCUAUAUUACAUCUGGUCGAGCUACUCCCUCUCGACCUCCAUCUGUUAUGAGUGCACGUCCCCAAUCGUCACUCACCGUCCGCAAGAGGCGCGGGUCCAAUGUUUCUGAUGCUUUGGGGCCCCGGUCGGUCACCACGGGAACGCUUAGUUCCUACAUCUCGCCUCCACCGGUUACACUGCCUGGUGGACGGCGUCUCUCGAUGUCCUCCAGCUACUCUUUUGGAGGCGCCCAUUCUCCUGCAAAUAUCGCUCUCGCUUCUCUCACCCACGAUUCUCAAUCAACACCCCUAGGUCUGGCAGGCCCGAAACCCCGCUCGCGACAAAUUUCCAUGAGUCCAGAGGGCGAGGCCUGGGUCGAGGAUGUCUUGCAGCAGACUCGCAGGUCUAGUUCCGUGAACCCCCCAUCAUUUGCCCUCAACGUUGCACCAGGUACUGAGAGCGUGAUAGACCCACACGAGGCCGAUGACCACGACUUGAACCGUAGCCAUGGCCGCCGGUCUUUACCCAAGGUCUCGAGUAUCAGUGAUAUCCGAUCUGUCGGCUCGAGUAAACGAGUUUCACUUCGCGGUCUUGGAAACCGUCGAUAA